AUGGGGUCCUCCAUGGUCUGCAGGGUGGACAAUCUGCCCCACCAUCCCUCCUAUGGGCUGCGGGCUCCAUCCCAUCACCACGGGCUCCAUCUCAUCACCACGGGCUCCAUCCCAUCACCAGAGGUGCCUGUGGGCCGGAGGCAGUGCAGGACUGCUAUAAAAGGCAGGCCAAGUCUCUGUGCUCUCAUCCACUUCUCUCACCUCCUUCUCCUCAGGAAUCAGCAGGUGCAUCUGUGACCCCGAGCCAUGUCCUGCUGCCAGCCCUGCAACCCUUGCUGCCAGCCCUGCGGCCCCUGCCCGCUGGCCAACAGCUGCAAUGAGUGCUGUGUCAGGCAGUGCCAGGACUCCCACGUCGUCAUUGAACCAUCACCUGUGGUGGUGACCCUGCCUGGCCCCAUCCUCAGCUCCUUCCCACAGAACACCGUGGUGGGAUCCUCCACCUCUGCUGCUGUUGGCAGCAUCCUCAGCAGUGGUGGAGUGCCCAUCAGCUCCGGGGGCUUUGACCUCUCCUGCAUCACCAACUGCUAUGGUGGCAGCAGAUGCCGUCCCUGCUAAAUCUGCUGGCAGUGUCCUUGGGCAAGAACCUC